UUGAGGUCUGGUGUGCGGCCGGUUGGGAGUGCAGGUCGCCGCUUCGCAGCCCUGGGCUCUGGUGACCUGCAGGGGUCGGAGAUCCACUGGGAGGCGCCGAAACCCGGAAGCCGGAAAUGGGCCUGGUAUCAUUUGAGGAUGUUUCUGUGAACUUCACCUGGGAGGAGUGGAAGGACCUCAGCGAUGCCCAGAGGAACCUCUACAGAGAAGUGAUGCUGGAGACCUACAGUAAUCUGGUGGCUUUGGGACACUGCAGUACCAAACCUGAUGUGAUCUUCAAGUUAGAGCAAGGAUCUGAGCCAUGCCUGGUGGAAGAAGCCUCAAGCCAGAGCCUCCCAGAUGUCCAGAAAGUAAAUGGUCUUAUUCAGAAAAUCCAGAAAAAUAAUAAAUACUUUUGGCAAGUUGCAAUCACAUCCGCUGAGGAGAUGGUUGAAAUGGGAAAACCAUUUAAUAUGAACUCAAGCUAUAAUUCAGUUCUGAAUAUAAAUAAUCUAAAGAAUGGAAACAAUUCUAGAAUGAAGCCUGAGGAACUUUAUAUUUGGCAAAAUGUGCUUCUCUCUGGUGAUCCGUAUGAGAUGCAGACUGGAGAGGAGCCUGUUGUCCUUAAUGUAACUGGGAAAUCCUGCAUACUUCCUGAACAUCUUAGUAUGCAUAACAAGGUUCAAGGUGUGCAAAAGCACUUUCAAUAUUAUGGACAAGAGAAAGUCUUCAACAUGAAAACGGUAUUGACGCAUACAAGGAUUCAUGUGGGAGAGAGUUCCAGUAAAUUCAAUGAAUAUGAGAAAGACUUUGAUAAGAUAGCAUUUAUUUCUGGAGAGAUGACUCAGGUAAGGGAGAAAUCAUUUGAAUAUAAUGUCUGCCAGAAAGCAUUACGUAAAAAGGCUAAACUCUUUAACCAUGAGAAAAUUCACAAAAGACAAAAAUAUUAUGAAUGUAAUGAUUUGGGAGAACCUUUCAUUAGCAAAUUGUUUGUUGCAAAACACCAGAGAAAACAUGUAGAAGAACAGACCUAUAGAUGUAAUAAAUGUGAGAAGUUUUUCUGUCAAAAGACAGAGCUCAAUAUACAUCAGAAAAUCCACAGAGAAGCAAAACUCUAUGAAGAUUAUGAAUGUGAAAGCAACUUUAACCAGAAGCAAAACCUCAGCAGGUGUCUGAAAACUCACACAGGUGAGAAGCCUUAUGAAUGUAAUAUGUGUGAAAAAGCCUUUUAUCGGAAGUCACAUCUCAACAGGCAUCAAAGAAUUCACACUGGUGAAAAACCCUACGAAUGUAAAGAAUGUAGGAAAACUUUCUACCAUAAAUCAUCCCUCAUUAUACACCAGAGAACUCAUACAGGUGAGAAACCGUAUGACUGCACAAAAUGUAGGAAGGCUUUUUACUGUAAGUCAGACCUUACAAUACAUCAAAGAACUCACACAGGUGAGAAACCAUAUGAAUGUGAAGAAUGUAGGAAAACUUUCUACUCUAAGUCACACCUCACAAUACAUCAGGGCAUUCAUACAGGUGGAAAACCAUAUGCUUGUGAAGAGUGCAGGAAAACAUUCAACCGGAAGUCUAAUCUGACUGUACAUAAGAGAACCCAUACAGGUGAGAAACCCUAUGCAUGUAAUAUAUGUGGAAAAUCCUUUUACCGGAAGUCUCACCUCAGUACACACCAGGGAACACACAGAGGUGAGAAACCAUAUGAAUGCAAAGAGUGUAAGAAAACAUUCAAUCAUAAGGCAGCCCUCACUGUACAUCAGGGAACUCAUACAGGAAAUAAACCAUAUGCAUGUGGAGAAUGUAAAAAAACUUUCCUUCAUAAGUCAUCUCUCACUGUGCAUCAGAGAAGUCACACAGGUAACAAACCUUACACGUGUGAAGAAUGUAGUAAAGCUUUCUACUGUAAGUCACACCUCACUGUGCACCAGAGAACUCAUACAGGUGAGAAACCUUAUGAAUGUCAAGAAUGUGAGAAAUCCUUUCACCAGAAGUCAUACCUCAGCAGGCAUCUGUUAACACAUGAAGCAGAGAAACAAUUUGAAUGUAAACAGUGUGGGAAAACUUUCUACCAUAAGGCAUCUCUCAUUAUACAUCAGAGAACUCACACAGGUGAAAAACCCUAUGAAUGUCAACACUGUGAAAAAGCCUUUCACAAGAAGUCAAACCUCACCAGGCAUCAGAUAACUCAUGAAAAUGAGAAACAAUUAGAAUGUAAAAAAUGUAAGAAAGCUUUCUCCCAUAAGUCAUCCUUUAUUAUCCAUCAGAGGGCUCACAUGGAAGAAAUUGUGUGAGUAUAAUAAAUAUGGAAAACUCUUACCAGAAGCCAACCUGAAAAAACAUCUGGGAAUUCACACAGAGGAGACAACCUAGAAAC